AUGGAAACAGGUCGCGCCAAUGUUGUGGUUACGGUGCUCGUGGACAUGGCCACCGCUCGCAUCGCUUUGGGUCCGCUGAUCGGAGGGGAUCGCGUGUGCCUCUUUCUACAUCUCGCUGCGGUCCAGCCGACGACUUCGACCGUGGUGAGUUCAGGGAUGUUCCACGUGAUGGCCGACGUGGAGCUGGAGGGUCUCUCGAUCGUGCAGGACACCCACUUCCUCGUGGUCAUUGUAGGGUGCCGUCACCACCUCCCUCCCGCUGUGGUGGAGAGUCCUCGCGCCCACGGCAACAUCCUCAGUCCCAGUGGAACCGUCACCCCGCUUCAGAUGGCUACUCCGGCGAACACUGGGGUUGCUAUGGUCCUCAGGAUGGACGUUGUGAGCGGGAUGGUAGUUGUCGAGCGUAUGGAGCAACACAAAUACGGAGAAGAGCUGUAUGAAGACCGGGCACAAGGGCGUGAUAGUGAUGUUCGUGCUCGUAGAGCUGAUUACGCUUCCAAUCCGCCUGGGCGUUCCAACUAUGGUGGGUCUCGGAUGUCUCGUUCACGUGGGGAGCGUCUGCCAUGCGUUAUCCAUGCGAAAACUCACCGCAACACAGUCGCCGCGCAGGCGAGCACAAUGAUGACACUUGGCAAUCAUAUUGCCAUCGUUGUCGAACACGGCGUUAGCGGGGAGCGUGCUGGAAAGCGCGCCGGGCACAACGGCAACAGAUAUUCUCAUUCAGAGCCGGUAGGGGCCCAGCGCUUCGGAGAGCCAUCGUCACGAAUUGAGGCUGCCAACGCCCAUGAUAGCAAGGGAGAUGUGCGCGAGAUGCGUGCGUUAAUGCUACGUUUUGUACGCGUUGGUGGUGGUAACGGGAAAAGUAAACAUCAUCAUAGUCGCACGUCAACCACACGCGUCACGCAUCCAAAUCAGAACUAUGCGAGCGGUCCCUCCUACGAUCAUGGCGAUCGUCGUGGCACCGGUAGAGGAGGGUAUGAAUAUGAGGCUUCCUCUGAAGGCGAGUCACUGGUCGGAGAUUCUCACGGCCUAAGGCAUAGACAUACGGGAUAUUCGACUAUGGGCCCUGCGGAGUCUAGAAGACGUGAUUUGGCUAGCAAUCUCCUGCUAUAUCUCUUUAAGCUCUUUUAG